ACCAAUAAACUUCGAAUUUUCCAUAUACUACUAUUGUCGUAAAGUACAGUAGGGAGAUGCUGCGACGGUAGAAAUUAGUGUCGCACAAGUCUUAAAACUCCAUUAAAUUGACCGGUGAGUCUACUCAUUGCGUAGUUGUUCUAACAUGGCCUCGAGUUCAGAGGAUGAAUGGAUCGUUGUCAAAUGCAUCGAUCCUGAAAUCACCGCCGUUCGUUCCGCCGCCGCCGAUGUUAUCCUAUCAACGGCCGUUAUUCACACCUGGAACUUGGCCUCACUUCAUGCUCGCCAAAUCAUCACUAUCAAAGCUCAUCGCAACAGGCUAAUUGAAUCAUCUACUUAUUUUCGCGGACUAUUAUGCGGCAGCUUCAGUGACUCGAGCUUUGAUUGCAUAUCGGUCCAGUGGAAUCCACAAUUUCUUUUAAAUCUCUUCAAGUUUAUAUAUGGUUAUUCGGUGGAGAUCACGUCUGAUACUUUUCUACCAUUGUUUGAGGGUGCCUUAUAUUUUGGAGUUGACAUGCUUCUCCUGAAUUGUAAGAUGUGGCUUACUGAAGUUACUUCAGUCAAGGAGUUUCCGUCUCUGCAACUAAGCAGUUUGAUUGAUAUUUGGAAGUUUUGUUUGGAGCAGGCAAAUGAUUCUUUUCCGGAACUGUGCACAAAUUAUCUUGCAAAGAACUUCAUGUGGGCUGUUACUUGUAUCUCCUUCCGUGACAUUCCGUACAAUUUAUUACUUUGUUGCUUAAAGAAUCCCCAAUUAACUGUGCACAGUGAGAAGCAUCUUACUGAUGCUAUUCUAGUUUGGCUUGGUGGUAAUGUAGAACAUAUCAGUGGAGAUGACCGCGUUGAAAUCUUACAACAGAUCCGGGUCAGCCUUUUGCCAUUGUGGUUUGCAACUGGAAAAAGAAGCUGCUGUGACUUCUCAAAGUUCUUUGAUGAAAGCAUUCAGACUAAUUUUUCUUUGGUGGCACUUCCUUCAGAAAGCUCUAUAAAUGUCUUUGGAGAUGGUGACAUGUGCCAUUUAAGAAUUCGGCUAACUGAACAUACUAAGCAACUGGAUCUUUCAGGUUGUCCACAGAUUAAACUAGGAGUCCUGCUUCUGUCUUUGCUUCCUUCUUCAUAUGAUAGGGAUCUAUUGUUGACAAAGACAAUUAGAUCUUCGAUGAACUAUAAUGCCCUUAGUAGCGCUAAAGUUUAUGUUCAGAAGGCUUUACCUGUGCUCUUGACAUUUAGAGCAGUGUAUGAGGUGGAUAUCUCCAAUUGUCCAAUGCUAUGUCUUGAGGAUGCUAUCGAGUGUUUCUCCAGGUCAUUCCCAUCAUUAAGAAUGUUGAAGGCAGCUUAUCAUUUACGCUUUGAAACAAAAAAAUUGUGUCACUUGGUCCAGAGAUGCCCAUUGCUUCAUGACAUUGAUUUAACUGUGGAUAUAAGUCCAGUUUUAUCAUCACAAAUCACAAUUAUAUCAUCAUAUCCAGCUGUAUUGUCACAUAUGCCAACAGUAUCUUAUGCUGCUAUUCCUUCGACUGCAUCACUAUCUUUGAUGGCUAGAUGCUUGCCGUCAAAUAUUGCUAAACUCACGCUGGAGGGGCGGAUAGAUGUCACAGAUCAUGAUCUCCAAUCUCUCUCCAGAGCAUGUGUUUCAUUAAGCUACAUCAACCUUAAAGGCUGUACUUCGGUAUCUGAUGGUGGCAUUGCAGUUGUUAUACUUGAAUGUAUAAACUUGCACUCAAUUGUAGUUUGUGAAACUUCUUUUGGUGAUAAUUCAAUCAUGGCUCUCUGUUCUCAUCUUCCUGGUGGUGAUAGACUUGCUUCUGCACAAACUGAGGGAAACAAUUCUAUGUCACUGGCUCACAAACUCCAGAAACUGCAUAUGGGUGGCUGCAUGGGAGUAAGCGAGCCAUGUCUUACAGACCUUAUGUCCCAGACACACAAGCUGAGUAGUCUAUGUCUGAGGGGGACACACCUUGUUGAUAGCGGUCUUUAUAGCUUCUCUGGUUCUUCCUUGGAGAUGCUUGACAUCACAUGUACUAAGGUUUCUGCAGCCGCUUUGGCUUACAUUGUUGGCAAAAAUCCUGGUUUGACUUGUUUGAGAGUAAGAGACUGUAAGAAUUUAUUUGAACCAGAAUAUAGGGGUGAUGGGAGCGUGUUUCGUUUCCAAAAAGAUUUUUAUAUGAAGCUAGGAAGGUCAUGUCAAUUUGAAGAUAUCACAUUUGGGUGGGGAUUUUCUUAUGUCUCUUUGGAUGCUCUGAAAUUUGCGUUAAAAAAGCUAAGGAGAAUAACCGUGGGUUUGGGUGGAUCAUUAGGUGAAGAUGGACUGAAACUGCUAGCUGCAACUUGUCCUUUGCUAGACUCAGUCACCCUUUAUUUUCAGGUACUAUGGGAUUCUAUCAUAAUCGAUGUGAUAAUGUUGUUCAGAAACUUGCAAGAAAUAUCUCUGUGCUAUUGUUUUGGUGAGAUAUCCUUUUCAAGAUUUCAGUUCAGUAUGCCAAAUUUAAGGAAAUUGAGACUAGAAAGAGUUGUGCGAUUGAUGACCAACAAUGAUCUGGUCAUUCUCACUCAGAAUUGCCCGAGCUUAACCGAUCUUUCACUGCUGGGUUGCGUACUUCUGAAUUCAGAAUCUCAAGAGAUAAUUUCAUGCGGCUGGCCAGGCUUGAUUUCAAUUUAUUUAGAGGACUGUGGCAAAGUAACAGCAAACGGUGUUGCAGAUCUUUUUAAUUGUUAUGCUCUUGAAGAUCUCUUACUGCGGCAUACUGGACAGGGUAUUCAGAAGAAUUUUAUUCUUGGUGCUGCUUCAAAGUUGCCAAUGCUGCGGAAAGUAUCCCUAGACUUGUGUGAUGCAAAGGAUGGAGACUAUGACAUUCCAGAAGUUGCUGACAGGAAUUCACUGAGUAGUGUGAAAAUUGCUAGAUGCAAGCCUCAAAGAUGCUCUUUGGAACUCCAAAAGUUGAAAGCUCGAAAAACUCCAUUGCACAAGGAGACGCUGGUGAUGGUUUGGGACAGCAAAAGUACGAUUAGGACCUUAGUGAAAGAAAGAAUAUAGCAACCCUUUUCUUUUGCCACUGAAUAUGAAUGUCUCAGUAACAAGAGCAGGUGAGAGUCGGCACGAGGCUGUGCAACAUGUUUGACCAUGUUGAUCUCAUAGUUUUUUUUUUCUUUGAUAAUGUUGAUCUCAUAGUUAUGUAUGAAUCGGCUAGAGAACUUUAUGAGACGUAGGUAGUAAAAUUUUGGUCCCAUGUUUUACAUAUUUUAUAUCUCUAUUUUCAGUAAACUGUCAUUCUGUAAUUCCAAAGCUCUAAAUCAGGAUUAUUUUUCCGUGCCA